CCAACCGAACGUACGCGCCGCGGAAUCUGCGCUACGAUCUCCAGAUCUUCAGUGGGCCGGCGGAAUGGCGAGCCGGGUGGAACGUGUUCGUCAGCGCCAUGCACACCCUGUACUACCCACAGAUCCUCUUCAUCACGCUCCUCAACAGCGCGAUGAUCGCGUCGUCGUUCGCGGCGGGCUACACCGUCGCGGAACCUCUGCUCGUCGAGCCAUGGGCAUGGCCGUUCUCCUCGGUCACAUUAUGUCUGAUCCCCGUCCUCCUGGCCGCCUUCGGGACCGUGCUCGUGACGGGCAAAUUCGCCGACAUGGUCUGCAACUGGGGUGCAGCGCGACGCCCCGGCGGCAAGCGCACGCCCGAAGACCAACUUCUGAACCUCAUCCUGCCUUGCUGCGGCGGCAUGACCGGCCUCUUCCUGUUCGGGAUCGCGGGCAACAACCCGUCCAAAUACCCGUGGCCGAUGUUCCUCGCGGGUCUCGGACUGAUGACCUUUGGGUUCCUCGGCUGCAACACCGUGGGCGCCGUCUACGUGUUGGAGGUGUACCCGGAGAUGGCGGGAGCGGCGCUCCUCAACAUCGCGUCGAUCCGCUACAUCGUCGCGUUCCUCUUGUCCUUCCGCAUCGCGGAGUGGAUCAUCGAGUUCGGCUAUUUCAAGUCCUUCUUGAUCUACGCGGCCCCCAUGGGCCUGUUUGUGACAUUAAUUCCGUUCCUGUGGUACUGGGGACCGGCUUGGAAGAAGCGAUUCCCGGGGAGAUCCUCGCCGAUCUGAGGCGAUGGGAAGACCUCUGGAGCAAUGUAACGGCCGCGCAUUCUUCUUUUUAGUUAUGAUGAAUAUACGAUAUUACAGUCG